GUGGACGGGGCGGGCCCAGCUGUGUUUGAGUGCUCCGCGGUCCUGGGAGCCAGAGACCUGGAGGAAGCGAGCUGGGUAGACGGCUUUCUCCGCUCGCGGAAGGGUGUGAGAGGAGUGUGUGGGGGUCGGCAGCUAGAGGUGUGUGCAGUCAGCCACCGGCGAGGAGCUGAGACAGUCGCCGCAGCUUUCCGAGCCGCAUCCGCUUCCCGCCCGGGGCAGCUCCGGCUGGAGGGGUGAAGCGGCGGCUGGAGUGGCCGUGCUUUUGUGUCCUGGAUCCGGGUACCCUCCCUCCCCUGGUGCUGCCCGAGGCAAGUCCAUCGAGGUGAUCACUCCUCGACGCCGCUCGGAAAUCCUGGGCAUCCCCCCUGCGCCCCGAGCGGCUGAUACCCAGGUGAGGCACCUGAGGUGUCAGGACCUGCCCGGGGCGCGGGGUGUCCGGAAGCCAGGCGGGAGCCCCGGCUGCUUUUUGGCAAUCGAUUCCCAUCUGUGACCCUCCCCGAGCUGUUUUCUAUCGAAUCUCAUCUGUGAUCCUCCCCCGGCUGCUCUUCCCAGGACAACUCCGGUGCAAAGGCUUGGCUCAUGCUCGACGGCGAGGGGAGAAAAAAAGCUGAGGGACAAUGGAUGCAAAGGCCCGAAAUUGUUUGCUUCAACAUAAAGAAGCUCUGGAAAAGGACAUCAAAACAUCCUACAUCAUGGAUCACAUGAUCAGUAAUGGCGUCUUAACAGUAGUAGAGGAGGAAAAGGUCAAAAGUCAGGCCACUCAAUAUCAACGAGCAGCUGCUUUAAUUAAAAUGAUACUUAAUAAAGACAAUUAUGCCUACAUUUCAUUCUACAACGCUCUACUACACGAGGGCUAUAAAGACCUUGCUGGACUUCUGCAUAGCGGCCUUCCUCUUGUGUCUUCUUCCAGCGGCAAGGACACAGACGGUGGAAACACUUCAUUUGUAAGGACAGUGCUGUGUGAAGGUGGAGUGCCACAGAGGCCAGUCAUCUUUGUCACUAGGAAGAAGCUGGUCAGUGCGAUUCAGCAGAAGCUCUGGAAACUGAAUGGGGAGCCAGGGUGGGUCACCAUCUAUGGAAUGGCAGGCUGUGGCAAGUCUGUAUUAGCUGCGGAAGCUGUUCGCGACCAUGCCCUCCUAGAAGGUUGUUUUUCAGGGGGCGUACACUGGGUUUCCAUCGGAAAACAAGACAAGUCCGGGCUUCUAAUGAAGCUGCAGAAUCUUUGCACGCGGUUGGGUCAAGAAGAGAGUUUCUCUCAGAGGCUCCCGCUUAACAUUGAGGAGGCCAAAGACCGUCUCCGUGUUCUGAUGCUGCGAAAACACCCAAGGUCUCUGUUGAUCUUGGAUGACGUUUGGGAUCCUUGGGUGUUAAAGGCUUUUGACAACCAGUGUCAGAUUCUUCUUACCACCAGAGAUAAGAGUGUUACCGAUUCAGUAAUGGGUCCUAAGUAUGUUAUCCCUGUGGAGAGUGGUCUAGGGAAAGAGAAGGGACUUGAAAUCUUGUCACUUUUUGUUAAUAUGAAGAAAGAAGAUCUGCCAGUGGAGGCUCACAGUAUUAUAAAGGAGUGCAAAGGCUCUCCUCUCGUCGUGUCUUUAGUUGGUGCGCUUUUACGGGAUUUUCCCAAUCGCUGGGCAUACUACCUCAGGCAGCUUCAGAAUAAGCAGUUUAAGAGAAUAAGGAAAUCUUCAUCUUAUGACUACGAGGCUCUGGAUGAAGCCAUGUCCAUAAGUGUGGAGAUGCUCAGAGAAGACAUCAAGGACUACUACACAGACCUCUCCAUCCUUCAGAAGGAUGUCAAGGUGCCUACGAAGGUGCUGUGUGUUCUCUGGGACUUGGAAACGGAAGAAGUUGAAGACAUCUUGCAGGAGUUCGUUAAUAAGUCUCUCUUAUUCUGUAAUCGGAAUGGGAAGUCAUUUUGUUAUUAUUUACACGAUCUUCAAGUAGAUUUCCUUACAGAGAAGAAUCGAAGUCAGCUCCAGGAUCUGCACAGGAAGAUGGUCACUCAAUUUCAGAGGUAUCACCAGCCGCAUACGCUGUCUCCAGGUCAGGAGGACUGCAUGUACUGGUACAACUUCCUGGCCUAUCAUAUGGCCAGUGCCGGUAUGCACAAAGAACUUUGUGCUUUAAUGUUUUCCCUGGAUUGGAUUAAAGCAAAAACAGAACUUGUCGGCCCUGCGCAUCUGAUUCAUGAGUUCGUGGAAUAUAGGCAUAUACUGGAUGAAAAGGAUUGUGCAGUCUGUGAGAAUUUUCAGGAGUUUUUAUCUUUAAACGGACACCUUCUUGGACGACAGCCAUUUCCUAACAUUGUGCAACUGGGCCUCUGUGAACCAGAGACUUCCGAAGUUUAUCAACAAGCAAAGCUGCAGGCCAAGCAGGAGGUGGAUACCGGGCGGCUUUACCUGGAAUGGAUCAACAAAAAAACCAUCAAGAAUCUGUCCCGCUUAGUCGUUCGCCCCCAUACAGACGCCGUGUACCAUGCGUGUUUUUCUCAGGAUGGUCAGAGAAUAGCUUCUUGUGGAGCUGAUAAAACCUUGCAGGUGUUUAAAGCCGAGACAGGAGAGAAACUUCUUGACAUUAAAGCUCAUGAAGAUGAGGUGCUUUGCUGUGCGUUCUCCUCAGAUGACAGUUACAUAGCAACCUGCUCAGUGGAUAAGAAAGUUAAGAUUUGGGAUUCUGGGACUGGGAAGCUAGUGCACACCUACGAAGAACACUCAGAGCAGGUCAAUUGCUGCCAUUUCACCAAUAAGAGCAACCACCUUCUUUUGGCCACCGGGUCAAAUGACUCCUUCCUUAAGCUCUGGGAUUUGAAUCAAAAAGAAUGCCGAAAUACCAUGUUCGGUCACACGAACUCAGUCACCCACUGCAGGUUCUCACCAGACGAUGAGCUCUUGGCGAGUUGCUCAGCCGACGGGACUUUAAAGCUUUGGGAUGUGAGAUCAGCAAACGAGAAGAAAAGCAUUAAUGUGAAGCGCUUCUUCCUGAGUUCAGAAGACCCACCAGAGGACGUGGAGGUGAUCGUGAAAUGUUGCUCCUGGUCUGCAGAUGGCGACAGAAUAAUAGUGGCAGCAAAAAACAAAGUCCUCCUUCUUGAUAUUCAUACUAGUGGCCUGCUGACUGAGAUCCACACAGGUCAUCACAGCACCAUCCAGUACUGUGACUUCUCCCCCUACGACCAUUUGGCAGUGAUUGCCCUGUCUCAGUACUGUGUGGAGUUGUGGAACAUAGACUCCCGGGUAAAGGUGGCUGACUGCAGGGGACAUUUAAGUUGGGUCCACGGUGUGAUGUUUUCUCCUGAUGGCUCCUCGUUCUUGACAGCUUCUGAUGACCAAACAAUAAGGGUCUGGGAGACAAGAAAGGUGUGCAAGAACUCUGCCAUUGUGUUAAAGCAGGAAAUAGAUGUCGUGUUUCAAGAAAACGAAAUGAUGGUCCUUGCAGUUGACAACAUAAGAGGCCUACAACUCAUUGCUGGAAAAACAGGCCAGAUUGAUUACCUGCCUGAAGCCCAAGUGAGUUGCUGCUGCCUAAGUCCACAUCUUGAGUACGUUGCAUUUGGAGAUGAAGAGGGAGCCAUUAAGAUUAUAGAACUUCCAAACAACAGAGUUUUCAGCUCUGGGAUUGGGCACAAGAAAGCUGUACGGCACAUCCAGUUCACAGCUGAUGGGAAGACACUGAUUUCAAGUUCUGAAGACUCUGUGAUUCAGGUGUGGAAUUGGCAGACAGAGGAGUAUGUAUUUCUGCAAGCCCAUCAGGAAACAGUAAAGGACUUCAGACUCCUGAGAGAUUCACGAUUGCUUUCCUGGUCAUUCGAUGGAACGGUGAAGGUGUGGAAUGUCAUUACCGGAAGAAUUGAAAGAGACUUUACUUGUCAUCAGGGCACAGUGCUUUCCUGUGCUAUCUCUUCUGAUGCCACCAAGUUUUCAUCUACCUCAGCUGAUAAGACCGCCAAGAUCUGGAGUUUUGAACUCCCUUCCCCUCUUCAUGAGCUGAAGGGCCAUAACAGCUGUGUCCGCUGCUCUGCCUUCUCGCUGGAUGGCAUCCUGUUAGCAACUGGAGAUGACAAUGGAGAAAUCAGGAUAUGGAAUGUCUCAGAUGGCCAGCUUCUUCAUUUGUGUGCUCCGAUUUCCAUAGAAGAAGGAACGGCUACCCACGGAGGCUGGGUGACUGAUGUUUGCUUCUCUCCUGACAGAAAAAUGCUUGUCUCUGCCGGAGGAUACCUUAAGUGGUGGAAUGUUGUUACUGGGGAGUCCUCACAGACCUUCUACACCAAUGGAACAAACCUCAAGAAAAUACAUGUGUCCCCUGACUUCAGAACAUAUGUGACCGUUGAUAAUCUUGGUAUUUUAUAUAUUUUACAGGUUUUAGAGUAAAGUGACUGAGCCUUAAUGUAGCUCAGCCCCUUAAUUUUAAAUUGAAAAAAAAUUGAAACUGUGCAUCAACUUUCGAUAAAGCUGUGAAUUGUACUGCAGUAUUGCAAACAUUGUUUACAGCCGGAUCAAUAAUGCAUAUAGUAUAAUAGUAUAUCUCCACAAACACACAGGCUUUUACUGUUUUUUAAAUACAAUCAUUGUUAUUAACAGUUUGUCCUCAACAUGCAAAUGAAUGUAAAUAUGUACCUUGUUAGGCUAUGGGUAAACUCUUUGAUGCAUUCAGAUUGGUUGGCAAAAUUAAUGCCAAUUGUUUGAAGGAUUCUAUAUGUUGAAGCUGUCAUUAUGCAGGCUAUGCCGCAGGGUGAUAGUGGUCAGUAUGGUGGGUGGGUUUUUUGACCCAUGCUUACCCCAGGGGUCUGGCUUUCCAAAUCAGUCAAUUGUGUUGCGUCUUCACACUCUUUAAAUUUGCUUUAAGGUAUUGCAUCCUGGUGCACAGUCUGCGGCAUGAUUUCUGAUAACCCAGUUCUUUCUCUGAGCGAGUCAUGUGUUAGAGAGAUCUCUCUGUACCACAAGGUAGCUGUGCAUUUGGCUGGACUCUGGCCCUCAGAGUCUUUGAACUGGACACCACCCUGCACUCCCUUAGUUGUUUUGUUUGGUCUUUAAAGAGAGGCUAUCUUGGCAUCAAUAUGUAGACCAGGUUAGCCUUGAACUCAGAGAUCAGCCUGCCUCUGCCUCCUGAGUUCUGGGAUUGAAGGUAUGGGCCACCACUGCCUUUCUCUCUCAGUUUUAUACUUACUACUUUACUAAGCUUGACCUCUUUUAACCUCUUCUCCAUAGCUAGGUGUUAGUAAGCCAGUGAAAUAGUACCACACAUUCCCCUUUGAUCCCUUGUAUGUCAUCACCAAGGCCGUACUCUUUAUGACUUUCAAGAGUCACAGAAAACCCUCCCCCCAUACACCCAUGUCUCCCUGGGAAAUGAGAGCUCAUUGCGUUAUGCAGUGAUUUUGAUCCUCCUGCAUCAGACUCCUAAGUAUCUGGGAGAGGUGUCUUUUGAUGCAGAAAAAAACCAAACCAAAACAAAACUGUGCAACACCACUACCAAGUUUUUUUUUUUAAACCUCCUUUUAGGGUCUUUAAUUGAAGCUUGUUUAAUCACUGUCCCCUGAAAUAUUACUAAGGGCAAUAGAGAUAAAUUAGUAGUAGAUGUAGUUUUUAUAUAAAUAAAAAAAUCAAAUAUCUUCAUUUUGCAAUAGGAAUUAAUGUGUCUUAGCAAUAGUAGUCGAUAGUGAAGCUGUUUGUGUGGUCGUGCAUAUUGCCAGCUGUGGUGUGGGCAGAGGGAAGGAAGCACAAGUGUGUUUUAGAGUUUACUUCUCUAUGGUGCUGAAGAUUGAAACCAGGGCCUUGCACACACUAGACAAGCCCUCUACCACCCGGCUGCACUCCUGGCCCUUAGGUGGAUUUCAGAUUAGAUAUUCCCAGGGCGUUUUCAGGAGCUGUAAAUAGAGUGAACAAAAUCUUGUAUAGAGUUCAGGAAGUUUGUUCUUUUCUAACCUUUUUUGUUAGGUUGAGGAACCACUUUACCUACUUACUGUGAUAUAAGCCAAUGUGAUUAGUGGAAAUCUUAAUUUUAUAAAAUAAAUAUUAGAAGAAGUAUGUCGGGGUUGGGGAUUUAGCUCAGUGGUAGAGCGCUUGCCUAGGAAGCGCAAGGCCCUGGGUUCGGUCCCCAGCUCCGAAAAAAAAGAACC